GCUUUCCAUGCUCGCCUUGCCACACACACACUUUUUUCUCCCCUGUUGUAAUUUUUUUCCCCUCUGGCUGGACAGACUCCUCCUCUUUUCUUAAGUUGCUCCGAUUUGUAAAUUGUAAUCCUCAGAGUACUACGUACUCUUACCAGCGACCACUUUCUCUUCCUCGUUGCCUCCUCCCCUCUUUCGCCUCCUUUUUUUCCUUCCUAAUCUCCUGGGAAUCUUUUACCUUUCUUGUCUUUCGGGCAGUUGGCUUGAAGAAUCCCACCGCUGGAAAAGGUUCCAAUCAAGAAGAAAGAAUUUCCUUUAUCUUCUUGUUUCCCCUGAGGAAAUUUUAACACUAGCAUACUAUCAAGAAGAUUUUUUCCCUCGAGAUCUAGAUGACUAAAAGUAACGGAGAAGACACAAGAGCGGGCAAUAGGAUGGAGCGCAUCCAGCAAGGAGUCCGGAAACGUACUCUCAUGGCAAAAAAGAAGGUUCAGAGCAUCACAAAGGAUGAUGUGAAAAGUUACUUACUGAGGAAUUUUUUUGUGCUGUUCACCAUCAUUGCAGUCAUUGUUGGUAUUAUCCUUGGAUUUAGUCUCCGGUCAUACAACUUCAGCUAUCGAGAAGUGAAGUACUUUUCCUUCCCUGGUGAACUUUUAAUGAGAAUGCUACAGAUGUUGGUUUUGCCACUCAUUGUAUCCAGCUUAGUAACAGGAGUUGCUGCACUGGACAGUAAAGCAUCAGGAAAGAUGGGACUUCGAGCUGUUGUCUACUAUAUGAGUACCACAAUCAUUGCUGUCCUGAUUGGAAUCAUCAUGGUGGUUAUAAUUCACCCUGGGAAAGGAUCUAAGGAAAAAAUGCACCGAGAAGGCAAGAUAGUGCGAGUGACAGCUGCAGAUGCCUUUCUGGACCUAAUCAGAAAUAUGUUUCCUCCAAAUCUGGUAGAAGCCUGCUUUAAACAGUUCAAAACCAAUUAUGAGGAACGGAUUCCUAGAGUGACAUACAAUUCAAAUGAAACAUCUCUCCUCAAUGGCAUUAUCAACAAUGUUUCAGAAGCAAUGGAAAACCUCACUCUGCUGAAAAGGGAAAUGAUCCCUGUUCCUGGGGCUGUCAAUGGAGUGAAUGCACUUGGACUGGUAGUGUUCUCAAUCAGCUUUGGACUGGUGAUUGGGAACAUGAGGGAGCAGGGACGGGCGCUGAGAGAGUUUUUUGAUAGCCUUAAUGAGGCUAUCAUGCGGCUGGUUGCACUAAUCAUGUGGUAUGCACCACUUGGUAUCUUGUUUUUGAUUGCUGGGAAAAUUGUUGAAAUGGAAGAUAUGGGUGUGAUUGGAGGCCAGCUUGCCAUGUAUACUGUCACAGUUAUCAUUGGCUUGCUCAUCCAUGCUAUUGUUGUUCUCCCCUUGAUCUAUUUCUUAAUUACUCGAAAGAACCCUUGGGUCUUUAUUGGAGGAUUACUUCAGGCUCUCAUCACAGCCUUGGGAACAUCAUCAAGUUCUGCCACCUUACCGAUCACAUUUAAGUGUUUGGAAGAGAAUAAUGGAGUGGAUAAACGCAUUACGAGAUUUGUGCUCCCUGUUGGUGCGACCAUUAACAUGGAUGGGACAGCUCUAUAUGAGGCGCUGGCUGCAAUUUUCAUCGCUCAGGUUAAUAAUAUGGAUCUAAACUUUGGGCAGAUUCUCACAAUCAGCAUCACAGCUACAGCUGCCAGCAUUGGUGCAGCAGGGAUUCCUCAGGCUGGUUUGGUCACUAUGGUGAUUGUAUUGACAUCUGUCGGUUUGCCUACAGAUGAUAUCACUCUCAUCAUUGCCGUGGAUUGGUUUUUGGACCGUCUACGCACCACUACCAACGUCCUGGGAGACUCCAUUGGUGCAGGGAUUGUAGAACAUUUAUCACGGCAUGAGUUGCGGAGUAAGGAUGCCGAGAUGGGUAAUUCUGUGAUAGAAGAGAACGAAAUGAAGAAGCCUUACCAGCUGAUCUCACAAGAGAAUGAGAACGAAAAGCCCUUAGACAGUGAAACCAAGAUGUAAGGCAGAAGACCCGAGACAAAUCACGCCGGAUUACGUGGGAAGUGUACACUUUAUCCAGUCCUUUCUGUAUCUUGUCUAUUUGUCCUUCUUUUUCAUUCUCUAUCCAAACAGAGCACUGAAAAGAUAUAGGGGUUGCCUAGACAUAAGAGACAUGGAGCUGUGUCACGAAUAAGGGCUCUUUGGCUCUUCCUUUUUGUAACACUAGGUAUGCACAAUAUUAAAGUGUGAUGUCAUUUUUGUAUGUGCCUUAUUCUUCUCCCACAGCUGUUGAAGCAAGAGGAGAGGAACAGACAUGACACCAGGUCAGAUGUUGUGUUUGCCUAGAUGUUAUGCAGAAGGAAGAGAAAUGGAAUGGCAGCAACUACAUUUCUUGCCAUGUCUAGCUAUGCCUUUAGUCUACAUUAGUAUGAUUGAAGUAUGUAAUUGUCCCCCAUGAAAGAAAGAAAGAAAGAAAGAAAGAAAGAAAGAAAGAAAGAAAGAAAGAAAGAAAGAAAGAAAGAAAGAAAGAAAGAAAGAAAGAAAGGAGAGAGGGAGGCAUCACACAGUUGUGUGGUGAGAUAUGCUUGAAGAAUACACAAUAUUUUAAAUCAGAUUAUCAAGAAUUUUCAAGUGUACAUGUUUUUUAGUCCUGAAAAUGUGAUUGCAUUAAUAGAAGCUUAAAAGCAACACAGAGAAGAAAUCCUGAAAGGUUUUAUUGGUUUAAAUGACUCUUACAUAUUUUUAACACCACUAAGGCUGCAGCCUCUUAUCUGAGAGUAUGCAUUAUAUUCAAUGAAAUGGUUGUAUAUCCUCAUUCAAAGUAGACUUGUAUAGAAUUGCAGUGCAAAGCUGUUUUUAAACCUAAUGCUAUUGCCCAGAGAAGUGAGAAGCAAAUUCAUUUAAAAAAAAUAUCCUUUCCUUAUUUUAUUGUUAUAAGAGCAGUAAAAAUAGGAAUACUGAUGAAGAUUGUUAUUAUUAUUAUUAUUGAGAAUUAAAUACUCUUCACAACUCACUUUUAUUACCAUAAGUAAAAAAGGACAUACCUUGUUUUCAUUUACACCCAAUGGGAUAUUUUUGGAUCAGGAAAAUCUUCUUAAUUUCCUGAUACUUUGCACCUUCAAGUCCCAUUGACUUCCUAGAUCAUGAACCUACAAUUAUCUCUGUGUAAUGUUAUGCUCCUCUUUGGACAACAAUACUACUAUUUAACACAAAUACCGAUAACCUAUGCACAGAGUCUUUCCAGGAUCAGAGAUCUAAUAUAUGUAUAUAUAUAAAUAUAUACACAUGCACUUUGGAAAAGGAACUGUAUCUUCAAGCCUUUGCUACUGUGAGGGCUAUGAAAAACUGUAGUUACCACAUCAGUGUAGGCUUUGAAAAUAGCUACUGGGCACCCAUUCCCCUUUGGAAAUUAUCAAACCACCUGCACAAGCUGGAACCCACCAAGUGUUGAAUGUAGCCAGGUAUCAGAAGCUGAUAAAAUGGCUUGCUUUUGCUGCCUGCCAGGCAACAGAACAAGAGAAUUGACAAGCACCAGCAUCAGACAGACUAUAACGCACAGCUAGUGAGCGCCGGUGGUCAGCUUCCUCAUGGGUUACAAAUUGUGUAGGUGGGCCAUAGAGAUCUGUAUUAGCUACACAUUGAAUGACUUUAAAAGACAAUUUAAUGUUUGCUGCAAAUUGGUAUCCUAAAUCACAUUUUAAGAGUGUUUCUCUCCGCUGUUCAUGUAUACCCAUUUAAAUGUUGUGGCUGCUCCAGUGAAUCUUGUAAAUUGUAGCUUAGUCAGGGUACUGUGAAUAUUGCUAUCUCUGGAAAGAAGAAUGUAGUAUGCCAGUUUAAAUCUUAGAUCUGAGUUUUUAAACUCUACUACUGCAACAAGUACAUUACAUUUGGCCACCUAAAGGUGAAGACAGCCAUUCCAGAGAGUUGGAAAUGCACUUUUUAAAAAGGCACAUUUAUUCUGUUUCCAUCCAGUUAAUUUUCAAGGCAGACACUGGAUAUAUCUGCAUCUAACACUAAAUCAUAAUUUGUGUGUGAUACAGAAGAAGGAAUAAACCUUUGCUUUAGCAGAUUCCUAACUUGUUGCUAUAUACAGAACAGGAACUGUAGCUUAAAAUACACUUUGGUUGGUGAAACAAGCCUGAAAAACCCCACAGUGUUUGUUGUUCACUUAUCGCACAAUUGACUAAUGAGAAUGAGGCCAUGGCUUUGCACAGGCUUCUUUCUACUAAAGCACAGAGGGCUGUGUUAUUGUUCAGCAUAAAUGCAAACUCAUCCACUGUGAGGUCAAGCCACUUAUGCACAAUUAAAAUGUCUGUCUAUCUUCAUCCCUGCCUAUCUAACAAGAUACUUCUUUGAAAAUCUCUGCCACAAAUUUAACAAGAAUAUACGGAUGAAUGGUAGGCAGCAGAAUGUACAGAGCAUCUGACAGGGUUCAAUAACAGUUCCACUGCCACAUUUGAAUUGCUUAGCACAGGAAAAAGCUUUCAAGAAGGGUGAUCUUCAAACUAAUUUGGCUUGCUUUGUUCCCUAUAGAUUUCUUUUUAAAAGGCGACAUUUUUUGCUGCAUGUGCUUUUUAAAAUAUUUUUAUUUUUUUUAAAAAACAUUUCCAUGCUACCACCCAGUUGUCUAUUCUAACAAAAUCUCGAUCACCAAGAGUAGGUGUGUUGUCAGUAGCAUAUUAGAAAAUUGAAACCAAUGGCUGGGGUUUCUCAAAAUUAUAGUCCAAAAAUUACAUCUUCCCAGAGUCUCCAAAGCAUCCAUUCCCCCAAAUCCUUAACUAGGACCCCUUCUACACUGCCCUAUAUCCCAGGAUCUGAUCCCAGAGUAUCUGCUUUAAACUGGAUUAUAUGAGUCUCCACUGCCAGGUAAUUCAGGUUAAGCACAUAAUUUGGAAUCAAAUCCUGGGUUAUAGAAGCAGCGUGGAAGGGGCCUGGAUUCUGGGAGGUAAAAUCAAAAGGGUAGCAUUUCCAAACUCAGGAGUCCCAGUCCCUCCACCAUGUUACUUUCAUAUUUUGGGAAUAUAGUACCUAACUUCAGAAAAUUGAGGUCAUGAGAACGGAAGAUAAGGUGGGCUCCAUUCCAUGGCAUGUGGUACCCCAUUCCAAAGAAUGUGGAGGAAUCUAUCAAUGGGUGGUUUCUUCCUUGGUCUAAGACUUCCAUUUUUUAUUCAGGAAGUUGCUAAAUUGGUGAUACAUGAGAACAGGCUACCCAAUAAAUAGUGUAACUAUCAAGAGCUUUCUGAAAACAUGCAGUGCUAUAUCCACACCAGUUAAUGCCAUGUAAACUGUAAACUUAACAUCCUAUGGAUUUCUGAAAUUUGUAGUUUAGUGGGAGAAUUCUCCUCUAGAAAAUUAUCAUUUCCUCUUCUGAACUACAGAAGAGAGUUCCAAGUCCACAACCAAACUACAAAUUCCAGGAUUCCAUAGGAAGGAACCAUGGUAUCAAAGUGCAGUAAUUGUGAAGUUCAGAUGUGUCCCAAGGAUCUGUUGAAAAGUGUGAGUUGUGAAUAAGCUCUGGAGACCUGCACCCUUAAAAAUGUGAAGUGGGAAUAUUAAUGCUGUUAUGAAAGUAUCAGAAUGCUGGACGUAGGCAGGUCUUCCCUUUGGAGUGAUAAGGCCAACUGUGUCAAUAGCAAAUCUCAUUACUCUCUUAGCUUCUCCUUGAUCAUUUUCUUACUGAAAGUGAAUAGCCGUUAACUCAGUGUACGUAUUCAGGAAUCAGGGAUGCUUUAUACAAUGCAAAGUUCUUAAGUCAUCUCUGACUGAAUGCAAUAAUGGAUGCUCUUUUUUCCCUUACUCAUUUCUUAUUUGUGCUAACAGGAAACCUAGAUGACAAACAGGCAUCUUCUGAUAUGUAACUAGAGAUAUUUUUAUAGAGAUACUGUAUUCAAGUAUGUGUGUACAGAGGUUAAUAUUAGAGCUUAUGGAGUAACUUUUUAAUUACAUGUGUGUUUUGAUUGGAUAUCAUUUCUGGAAAUACGCCACAAAGAUUUCAUGUAAAAGAUGGCCCUUCCAUAACAUCAGCAUAAGGAAAAAAAUGUGUUAAAAUAUGUCAGCUUUUUAAAUUACAUGUAUUUUUUACACUAACUCUGUUUCUUACAAAAAUCAGGUACGAUAGAACAAUCUCUUUUCUGUGCCCUUUCUGGGCUGGCAGCUGGGUGCACCCAGUGUGGCCUAAGAAAUAUUACUUUGUAGGUGUAUUUUCAAUAAAAAAAAUAGUUUUACAUUA